AUCCCAACGUUCAUGUACUCAGCGAACCUCCACCAAAUCCCAACGACCACGUACUCAGCGAACCUCCACCAAAUCCCAACGUUCACGUACUCAGCGAACCUCCACCAGCCUUGGCCUCGCGAAUGGAGAACGCUAUUACCCAAGCACCCAAGGAAACAACCCCCACCCUGAGUCCAGUUCAAACAAAGCAACCGACUAGGGCUGAGGUUGGUUUUGUAAAAUCGCAAGAGCUAAAGUUUAGCAUUCCACCAAAAGUCGAGAGCUCUAGAAUUUUAAACGACAAACGUUUUCCACCAUCAAAGACCACUUUCAUCGCCAAGAAGCAAUCAGAUCACGACAAAGGCAUCUCAGAGCAGCCAACAUUGCCUAGUGAGAAAAACCUCGGUUCAAAUGAACCGGAAAUUGCCGUCAGUAGGAAGUCUGAGGAACAAGACCACUUGAAGCGUCUCACAAACGACUACAACCCUCGAUGGGUAAAUCAGGAAAAGAGUUAUCGGCAAUUGUCAUCACCGCGUUGUGUGCUCGGCCAAGCUCAGCUACUUGCUCAGACAAACGAAGACGAGUGCUCAGCCCAGGACAAGGGGAUAUACGUCCAUCAGGGAGGGACGUCACUCGGUCAUAGAUCAGACGUGACAAGUUCGGUUGACAUUUCAAAUAUAGAGCCAGAAGUCAAGAUUUCAAAUACAGCCACACACCAAACCAUGGAUGAAUUCAAGAAAGUCGCACACCGGAGCAAGAGUGAGCUCAAAACAUCCCCACAACCAAAUGACAGUCCCGCGAACACUGGCAGAGAAACGUCCUCACGGUCCCGACAAGUCGCGGGGCCAGAAAUCCUCACACGUGAAUUUAGAACAUUGAGAUCUGUUGGGACUAAUAGUGAGUCUAGCUCAAAACUACCUGCUCAAACAGACGAGCUUAGCUCAAAACUACCUGCUCAAACAGGCGAGCUUAGCUCAAAACUACCUGUUCAAACAGACGAGCUUAGCUCAAAACUACCUGCUCAAACAGGCGAGCUUAGCUCAAAACUACCUGCUCAAACAGGCGAGCUUAGCUCAAUACAAUUAUCUAAAACAGACGAGCUUAGCUCAAAACUACCUGCUCGAACAGACGAGCUUAGCUCAAUACAAUUAUCUAAAACAGACGAGCUUAGCUCAAAACUACCUGCUCAAACAGACGAGCUUAGCUCAAAACUACCUGCUCAAACAGGCGAGCUUAGCUCAAAACUACCUGCUCAAACAGACGAGCUUAGCUCAAAACUACCUGCUCAAACAGGCGAGCUUAGCUCAAAACUACCUGCUCAAACAGGUGAGCUUAGCUCAAAACUACCCGCUCAAACAGGCGAGCUUAGCUCAAUACAAUUAUCUAAAACAGACGAGCUUAGCUCAAUACAAUUAUCUAAAACAGACGAGCUUAGCUCAAUACAAUUAUCUAAAACAGACGAGCUUUACGCUGAUGAAAAAGAAGAGUUUAGCUUUAAACUAUCUGCUAAAAAAGACGAGCUUAACUCAAAACCAGCUGUUGAAAAAGAAGAGUUUAACUCAAAACUUGCUAAAAUACGUGAGCUUAACUCAAAACUAGCUGUUGAAAAAGAAGAGCUUAACUCAAAAUUAGUUGAUGUGCAUGACAAGAUUGGCUCAAAACUAACUUCUAAAGCACGUGAGCUUAGCUCAAAGCGAGCUGUUGAUAAAGAAGAGCUUAACUCAAAACUAGCUGAUGAGACAGACAGGCUUGGCUCACAACUAACUGCUAAAACACGUAAGCUUAACUCAAAACUAGCAGUUGGAAAAGAAGACCUUGGCUCAAAACUAUCUGCUAAAACAGAUGAACUUAAUUCAAAACAAGCUGCUGAAAAAGAAGAGGUUAACUCAAAACAUGCUCAAAUACGUGAGCUUAACUUAAAACAAGCUGUUGAAAAAGAAGAGCUUAGCUUAAAACGAGCUGCUACAACAGGCGACCUUAGCUCAAAACCUACCGCCCCAACGUGCGCGCUAAGCUCAACAUUACCCACGGCCACGGGUGAGCUUAGACCCACUCAGGUGUGUGAUCGUAUGCCCACAUCAGCUGCUGCUACCCAGUGGGGAAACUCUCACCAACUCUCAACUCAACCCGCGCGCCAAAACAAACAAGACCACACGGAAGAUGGCACGUACUUCAUUCAAGACACGUUUUCAGGCUCCCUAGAUCGUGAGAACGACGAGCCCAACAGCGACGUUUCCAAGAGAGACGCGUCUAGGAGCCACAGACUCGACUCGGAUAUCAGCAACCAGACUAUCUGUGUGUCUUCCGAGCCGUUCCACUCCAUCUGGGCCGUCCCAUCCUUGUCCUCGUCGCUCGCCAGUCAUCACAAAGUCAACAUUCAAGCCAGCUUCUUCAGUAAGAAAAUCAAUGAACGCUGCUUGCGAAUGAAAUCAAACGUCGUAGAUCGAACAGAGCAAUGCAAGUUAAAUUUAAAAAGAAAAUACUACAGUCCUUCCGCCAAAUGUCCAGGCCAAACUUCGUGCAGACGAUGUCACAGUUUGCCGGAAUUAGGGAACAACCACUUGGAUAAAUCUUUUAACGCCCCCGUCUCGUUUGAUGAUACAAGUCUACAAUUAACAUUGAAAAGUAAAACAUGUUUGGACUUCCCAAAUUUUCAGAGGGGAAAGUCUACCAACAAAUCGAUCAGAAUUCAGAAACAAAGUUUGCAUACCCGGUUAGGCGAAGAAAAUGCCGUGCGGCCGAAGACGGAUAAACAAUACAGAAAAGUUAAUAAGCUCGAAGAUUUUCUUUUGGCUGAGGAGCUUAAGCAACAGAAUGGAUUAUCCACGGUGUAUUCACGCCUGCGGUUGGAGCUUGACCAGACGUCUUCGCCAUCUUCGACGACUGAUCUCGACCUAAAUUACCAAUGUCAAACCAAAUUCGUUGAAGACGCGAUCAAAAGUUUAGAACAACGAACUAAACGUAAAUUAGAUCAUUUUAGGAGGAACUCCUCCGAUGAUUCUUCGCUGGAUGAUUCAGACACGGCAACAACAAACACUCUGUCUAGCAGACGGACCAGCCUCUGUAACAACAGCUCCGCGUUCAUUCGACAAGACGCACGUCCGCCGUCAUUGUUCUCUUCCAGACGUCUCGACCACAACUCCCCGAGUCCACCACAACCAGGUCAGCAUCAGCUCCGCGAGAUUGGUCCAAGUUCUUCGUCCACCCAAGGGAGAGCAACGGGCAAUCCACCAGCCCAAGUUUCAACAACGCAGGCCUGUCGUUAUCAAGUCAACCAGAACCACACAGCGUCCUACUAUGGGCGUGAUGAGCUUACACCACAAAAUCCUGUUCACGUGGACUCCAGCUUUAUCGGAUCUUCCCUCCAGUCGGAUAAUCUCACUCCGCUGUUAGAAAUAGGCGGAUGUAAACCUAGCUAUGACAAGAGACGUGUUACGGAAGCCUCCACUAAAGAAGCGAUAGCUAGCACUGCUGUGAACAGACCCGAGGAAGGGGCAUCAAAAACGACUAAAGCCAAUGUCGCCAACGCGCUGGAGAUUCCCGUGGACAUCUACACAGUCCCGCUAUGGCGGCCACUCAAGACCGAUCAGUCGCAGAAAAAAAGUAAAAAGAAAAAAGAUGGCGUGGCGACACGAACGGUGGUGAUCUCCGGGCCGCUGAGCAACUUCACAAUUCCUGUCAAAAGACAUUUCAAGGAGCAGUUGGCCGCCACAGCAGACGACGCCGGCGUCAGGCCGGUCGAGGUGGACGGCACUCUCCCAGAGGCUAAGGACGUGGCGCCACCUGCCCACCACGCCCCACUUCCGGCCACCGAGCCUGCAGACGACCAGAAGAGAGGCUGGAUAGGCAAAGUCAGGAAAAUUUUACCGUUUCGUAAAAAAGAGAAAUCGCCGAAAAAAAAAUGAGUUGAGCCGGAAGUUAAACGGCCAUGCGAGAUGUUCGCCCAGCAAAACGUGAUGGAUGACAAAUCCCAUCCAACACAAAACAUGAUGGAUGACAAAUCCCAUCCAACACAAAACACAAUCGCAGCUCUGCAAUGAUUGGACAGAAACUUGACCCGUUGAGAAACUAGCCAUACAGAAAGACUACCCGAACAACAUAAAUUAACAGCUCGUGCCCUUGAAGGAAAUUUUUCUUCACUCAAUGAAUUAAUAAUAACACCAUUUUAAUUUUUGUCAGUCGUAUAUAAUCAUUAAAUAGUAUGUAAA